CUACUGCAUGGAAAAUUCAAGUCAAAAGGUGUUGGCGCUUGCUUCUCAUCAGUCUUCACCUGCUCAAUUUAUUCAGUAUACUAUAAUCAAGACAAAGAGAACUCGAUCUCCUCCAUUGUUCCCGGACACAAACAGAAGCAGCAAUGAGCGCUACUACUCUUCCGGCCGGCGAGAAGCCGCACGCGGUGUGCCUGCCGUUCCCGGCGCAGGGCCACAUCACGCCGAUGCUGAAGCUGGCCAAGAUCCUCCACAGCAGGGGCUUCCACGUCACCUUCGUCAACACCGAGUACAACCACCGCCGCCUCGUCCGCACCCGCGGCGCCGGCGCCGUCACGGGCCUCACGGGGUUCAGCUUCGCCACCAUCCCGGACGGCCUGCCCGCGUCCGACGCCGACGCCACGCAGGACCCGGCGUCCAUCAGCUACGCCACUAAGCACAACUGCCCCCCUCACUUCAAGACCCUGCUCGCCGAGCUCGACGGCGCGCCGGCCGUGACGUGCGUUGUGGCGGACAACCUGAUGAGCUUCAGCGUGGACGCCGCCAGGGAUCUCGGCGUGCCUUGCGCGCUGUUCUGGACGGCCAGCGCCUGCGGCUACAUGGGCUACCGCAACUUUCGCCCCCUCAUCGACAGGGGCAUCAUCCCCCUCAAAGAUGAAGAGCAGCUGACGAACGGGUUCAUGGACACGCCGGUGGACUGGGCGCCCGGCAUGAGCAAGCACAUGCGGCUCAAAGACUUCCCGAGCUUCCUCCGCACCACGGACCGUGACGACGUCCUGCUGACGUUCCAGCUACACGAGGUGGAGCGCUCGCAAGACGCGGCGGCGGUCAUCCUCGACACCUUCGACGAGCUCGAGGGGCCGGCGCUCGACGCCAUGCGCGCCAUCAUCCCGGCCGUGUACACCAUCGGCCCGCUCGCGUCCCUCGCCGAGCAGAUCGUCCCCAGGAGGGGCCCCCUCGACGCGAUAAGCUCCAGCCUGUGGAGAGAAGACCACGCCUGCCUCGAGUGGCUGGACGGGAAGAAGCCCCGAUCGGUGGUGUACGUGAACUACGGGAGCGUGACGGUCAUGAGCAGCCAGGAGCUGGCGGAGUUCGCGUGGGGGUUGGCCGACAGUGGCCACGACUUCCUGUGGAUCGUCAGGCCGGACAUCGUGAAGGGCGACGCCGCCGCCGCGCUGCCUCCGGGGUUCCUGGAGGCGACGCGGGGCAGGGGCAUCCUGGCGAGCUGGUGCGCGCAGGAGGCCGUGCUUCGGCACGAGGCGGUGGGGCUGUUCCUGACGCACAGCGGGUGGAACUCGACGACGGAGAGCCUGAGCGCCGGGGUGCCGAUGCUGUGCUGGCCCUUCUUCGCCGAGCAGCAGACGAACUGCCGGUACAAGUGCGCCGAGUGGGGCGUGGCGAUGGAGGUGGGCGACGACGUGCGGAGGGAGGCCGUGGAGGCGAGGAUACGGGAGGCGAUGGGUGGGGAGAAGGGGAGGGAGAUGGCGCGGAGGGCCGCGGAGUGGAAGGACGCCGCUGCUCGGUCGACGGCGAGGUCGCUCGCGAACCUUGACAAGUUGAUCAACGACGUGCUGCUCUCCGGCACGAGCGGACGAGUCACUAGUCACUAGCAAUUUUCGCUUCGACGCAGCAAGGAACCUGCUGCACGACGGAUUUGGAUCGAAGGAGCCGUGGGAAUGCUGUACUGAAAUUGUUGUGUUUUUCUGCCCCUUAGUAAAUUUCAAAAUUCUAUUGCUAUUUUAAUAUAUUGUAAAAGACUAUAAUUUUUAAGUGCUCAUUUUAAAAUCUAUAA